AGUCACUCGCCAACUCGCGAUACGUUAUGCCGACAAAUACAGUGCACAGAUCAUUCUUGUUGUCGUCAGUUGCCGUCGAAUCUCCUGUUACCGUUUCUUCCUGCAUUUAAAACAACCACCGACGUCUCGUUCCUGAUACGCUACUCGCAGCGUUCGAACAAAAUUCACGUGUGUGGUAACUCAUCGCGUGUCUUCGAUUACAUCUUUGACUACUUGUUUCUACUGUGACAAUUUUUUUUCCGCGGUGAGAUUUUGACGUUUUGUUAUUGUGAGCAAUGAAGUUUUUGACAUGUGUUUUUUGUGAAUAGAGUUGCAUCUUGUAGGUUCUUGGUUUGUGUUUCUUUUUGUGACUUUCGUAAUAUUCUUGGAUUUAUUAGCGUUUUGGUAUUUUGCAACAAAUUUCGGGUCAUGGCAUCCAAUUUGUUGGACGUAACACCUACGAUUUCGGACUGAUAUAGUCAAUUUACUACCACAUUAUCAUGGCUGUCACGCUGUAUUCAAACGUCAAACUAGACUGCACUGGUAUGGGUGAAGGUAAUGGUAUAAUUGAUCAUCAUGACCUUCACGGAACCUUGGUGCCUAUCAAUGGUAGUCAUUCCGGAUCUUCUGGUCGCAGUACCCCAAACAAUUCCAAUGAUCCCGCUCCUGGAAAACUCUUUGUUGGCGGAUUGAGCUGGCAAACUUCCAGUGAAAAACUCAAGGAAUAUUUUGGAAUGUUCGGCAACGUUACUGAUGUAUUGAUAAUGAAAGAUCCUGUUACUCAGAGAAGUCGAGGUUUUGGUUUCAUCACAUUUUCAGAACCAUCUAGCGUAGAUAAAGUUCUAAAAGUACCAAUCCACACUUUAGAUGGCAAAAAGAUUGAUCCGAAACACGCUACUCCCAAAAAUAGACCAAAACAACCGAACAAAACGAAAAAAAUCUUUGUUGGAGGCGUCAGUCAAGACACAUCAGCAGAUGAAGUUAAAGCUUAUUUCAGUCAAUUUGGUAAAGUCGAAGAAACUGUGAUGUUAAUGGAUCAACAGACUAAAAGACACAGAGGAUUCGGAUUCGUGACAUUUGAAAAUGAAGACGUUGUCGAUAGAGUGUGCGAGAUACAUUUUCACACUAUCAAAAACAAAAAGGUGGAGUGCAAAAAAGCUCAGCCUAAAGAAGCAGUUCAAGCGAGCGCUCAACUCUUAGGUAAACGAUUAAUGCUCACAGGAUUGGGCAUGCGUGCCAUAGCUCCAGCUCCCGGAGUUUUAGCUACAGUUAAUCCGCUAGCUACAGCUCAAGCGCAAGCACAUGUUCAAGCCGUUCAAGCUGCAGCAGCUGCCGCUCAAGCUCAACCGUUGGCCUUAGCUGCAUAUGGAAAAUUGUUUGGAGCUUACCCUCACUUAGCAAGUUACCGUUAUUCACCUUAUCCAUUGACAGCUGUUAGCGCUGCGCCAGGGAGCACACAAAAUCCUGCACCACCACCCGCGGCUGCCCCAGCACCUGCAGCAUUAGCUCCUCCUGUUGCAGCCAGCCCAUACCAAGGAUACAACUUGACAAAUGUGGAUAUGUCAUCUUUCCAAGGAGUUGAUUGGGGAUCCAUGUAUGGUGUUGGCAUGUAUGUCUAAGUACUCACAUAUUGUUGUUUACUGUUUUGUAUUAGUUUACUGUGAAAGGACUUCCAGGAAAAAAACGAUACAUUUCCAGUAGGAAUAUUAUCUUGCACCUGCUAAUAUAAUUUUUAUAAUCUUGGCUCUUAUGUUAGGUGAAAUAUUUAUUAUUCACGACUGCCUUGAUUUAGCAGUUCUUUAUAUCAAUUUUGACAAUAAUAAUCUGAAAGUUGUAUGCUUAUUAUAUGAAUUGUAGCUGCUGCUCAAUUUCUAUAGCAUGAUAAAUUUGUUGGUGAUUUCUAUAAAAAUAAAAUCAUUUGUAUUAGUCCGAAAUCCUUUUUCGGUGUUAAAAAUUUGCUCAAUGUUGUAUGAAAAUUUAAAUUAGGGCGUAUGAGUAUACAUAUACUUCUAUUAGCAGAUGCAAGAUACCCAUUCUUUCAAUUGUCAAUGGCGGCGUCUCGUGCCUCUCUUUCGAUGUGUUAUAAAUUAGAAUAUUGAUACUAAGGUGGUGAUUUUCCUGUAAAUAGAAUCUCUCGUUGCGACAUGCUGUGGGCAGCAUCACACAUACUAGAAGCCUACAAGCAAAUAAGUGUUACUAGUUUUAACUGGCGUUGUGGCAUCGUUGCGAAUAUUGGUAUUUAAUUUUUAUUUAUAAAAAAUAUUUUCAUUUUUUCAAGUAUUUUGAUCUAAUGUUUGAAAAAUAAAAAAUCAGUAUUGCUUCUUCGUUAUUUGUGAUAAAACAAUGUCUGUACAAGUAUUCUUUUUAGUCCUGUAGGCUUCUAAAUAUAUACUUUGCGCUUAUACUUGAUAUACUCUAAUAAAUAUGAACUGGUACCAUUUGGAUUGAUUUUGGAGAUAUUUUCUUGAUCAUGGGAUUUUACAGUAAUCAAUAAUCAGAGGUAUUAAAUUAUACUUCAUACAAUUCAAAUAAAUAUAUUUUUUUUCUUAAAACUUCUUGAGCUCUUAGGUUGACUUUGAUUUUGAUUUUAUUUUAUCACUACGUUUCGCUUCGGUCUAGAAGCAUUAUCAAAAGACUUAUAAUUAAAAAUACAUAUGUUAUAUAAAUUCGAUAAAAUAUGAAAUAAAAUUUUUGAUAAAAUUAUUUUAUUAAAAAUAUCUAAAGGUUAGGUUUUUUAUUUUCUUUUAUUUUUUGGAUUAUGAAUUUUAUCAGUACCAUAUAAAUGAUUAUUUGGUAUUGGCAUUAUUUGGUAGCAUAAUAUUUGCCUAUGUAAUAACUAUAGUAUCAGUUGAAGGUUUUUCCACCGAUUUAGAGCCAGAUAACUUAUAUAUUUAUUCACAGUUACAUAUAAGCUAUCAUCAAUAAAAUUUUUAUUUGAGACCAAAUCACUGAAAAUAUAAAUUUUUUGUCAUGUUAGAGGCGGCAGCUGAUGCAUAGUCAGCUGAUUGUUUUGUUUCUUCGAGAUAUUGGGAUAGUGACAAUUUUUAGCUGGGAGGAAAUGACUGAAUUUUUUUUGUCGUGCAUUGCUACUGUCGCUCAUCCCACCCACCGAGCCGCACCUGACGUUCACUAGACUUUAUUACCAGGGGCGCAACAAAUUAACUCUCAAAGGGGAUGUCCAGCGAAUCAUUUAUAAUGACUAAAAAAAAGGUAGCCACAUUGGCUUAUUACAAUUGCAAUGGGCUUGUUGAAUGUCGCUAUAUCUUAUGAAAAAUGACGUGAAAAAAGAAAACGAAUAAAAAAAAUUAUAAAAUUUAACAUUUAUCUAAACUUACAUCUUGCUCUUUUUUUAGCAGCUUAUUAACUUCACUCACUCACUUUAAACAAUUAUUCAGUAAUACAAUACUUUAUAUUUACCGUUAUCAUUAUUGGAUCCACUUAUGUUUUGUGAAACAUCACUGAGCACAACAGGAAUCUCAGGAUUCUGCAGUGUACUUUCGACUUCUGUUUCUUCAAGAUGUCUUCUUUUAUUACCUUUCAUUAUCCAUUUAUCUAAAUUCAUGUUCACGCACUAUUUUUGCAAUAGAAAUAUAAAUUGAAUGAACUCGUCUAAAAGGAGGUGUCCACUUAUUUUUAGAGAGUGUGAAGACACCUUGGACACCUCCCGUUGUUGCGCCCCUAUUUAUCACAUAACUCUGAUGUAUCCCACCAAUUAUCAUUGGAGAAGAAAUAAUUAACCAAAUUUUCACCUGGCUCCCGGACUAUAACAUUAACAUGUAGGUUUGUACAUAGGCACACAUAUUAUCACAAUCACAAUAUUUUCAUAACAAUAAACUAUCACAAAGAAUAUUUUUGCAGUAAUUAGUUAAUUUAUAUGUUUAUAUUUUAGUCUAAACUUUGAGGGUGAAUGAUGAUGAAAAUAAAAUUUCAAUUGAUAAAAUACUUCUCAAAAACUGAAAAAAAUUAAGCAGUAAUUGAAUACCAUUGAGGAAUAAGCGUUGCUAAACCUUUUUGGUGCUAGACAGCUUCAUCUAUUAUUGCGGAGAAUACCAACUUUUGAAAAUAAGCGCUCUGAAGGGACUGUGAAUGCUGGUAUACAAAUAUAUUCAUAAGCAAUUUAGGAUAAUCUUGGAAAUAAACAUUUUUACUCAUUUUUAAACAAAUUGCGUUCUCUGUCAAGAUUUGAUAAUUUAAUACAUUGUUAAACCAUAAUAUUUAUACGAUUUCUAUUCAUGAGGUGAAUUAAUAGACACUAUCUGUUAAAUUCUUACUUUAUUUACAAACUAUACACUACACUAACUUAUAAUAAUUCACUUAUCACAUCACUUAACUAACUUAAAAAUAACUUAUUUAAAUUCUUCACUUCAACUAUUUAUCAUAAACUGAAAUUAACUGCGCUACAUAAAAUCCUUAUAUAUCCCAAAAUAAUUCUGAAAAGAUUUAGAAAAAUGAAUAAACAAAACAAAUAAAUAAAUAGACCUUCCUAGAAAUUAUUCGAAAGAAACAAUGUAAAUAAACCGCUUGCUAUAAAAAAGAAUAUCAAACGAAUUCCGGGUAUUCCAAUAGAGACGGUGCCUUCGCCGAAUUUUAGAAUUCACUAUAUCCAAGCAGGACCACCUCUAGGGCGGUGUAGCAGCGAAAGCAUUUCAAGUACUAGAUAGAUGAAAAUAGGAAUUGCUAAGGUUUGAAAACUCAUUAUCCACAUUUGCGCAUUACUGGCAUUAAUUUCUAAAAAAAAAGGGUGCUUUUGAUGCUGUUCUAUUAGUUUAAUACUGCAAUUCGUUUUUAUAUUACUGCAGGGAGACUUCGUUUUAAAUUCUUGGCCACUUCUGAUACUAGUGUCUUGCUUUCUAUAGCAUAUCGUUUCUUAAAUUAAAUAUUCAUAAUAAAAAACUGUGUUUUUUAUAUAUCAGUAUCAUGAUAGAUAUAAUUUUUUUUGAAAAUUAAAGAAAAUAAAUGGAUUCCAAACCUUUUUUAUCAUAUAAAUGUUUAUACAUUUAUCCUUAUAUAAUUAAUUGAGGAUUAUGAGUAUAUAUCCUUACAUUAAUUGGAAAUAAUAAUGUAUGCAUUGAUUUGCCUUUAUACCCCAUGAAUUUGUUUUAAGUUAAUUCAAAAUAACCAUAGAAAUUGAUGGUAUCUCAAAAUCAGAUCCUUAUGGUAUUUGGUUAUCAAUUAUAUUGAUGCCGCCUCUGCUCAUCUAGCAUCUCGGCAAUAACUCGCAAUAAUCAGUAUUAAAUAUUUUGAAAAAUACGGGCUAUUAAGAAACUCUUCAGUCAAAUGCUAAUUAGAAAUAUUAGAUGUGAUUUAUGUUCAUUAAAUCUAAUUUACCUCUAUUCAAAAAUUUCUCCUCAGGACUCUGUGAAGACAUUAAUUAAGUCUACCAAUUUUGUUUGUAGGCAACAGUUUUUUCACAUGCGCCAAAGACUUACGAACUUUAUUUUCAAAAGGUAAAGGUGGAAGGUAAAUAUGCUUAGAUAGACAAAAAAUCACAUCUAGUAUGUGUAGUUUACGUUUGGAGGGAGAAUUUCUUGAAGCUCUGAUGAAUCAUUGUUUGUUUUAAAAAUUUCCUGUAUUACGAAGACACUUGAUAUUCCUGUUAUAUGGCAAUAAUUUUAAAUUAUUUAUAACGGAUCGAUUUUACAAAAAGGUUGUAUUGCAUGUACUUAAGUUAUUAUAUCUUAGUACUUAUGAGGGAUUGGAAACUAUUGAUAAUACCAUCCUUGUAGGAUGACAAACUAUAACCUCAAUUAUAUGGUUAUAGUAUUAGCGUUAUAUGUAUGUGCGAAGCGAACUAAAACUGUAUUUAGUUUUUUCGCGUGUGUAAUACAUAAUCAAUAAUUUUUUAUCCUCGUAUUUUAUUUAUUGUAUUUCACCAUUUUUUGACUGAUAAAACGGUAUUUUUACAUUAUUAAUCGAGUUCAUCACUUUCUUCACUACUUCAUGAUAUUAUUCCUAAUUUUAUUCAACGAUCUCAUAAUCAUUGGAGUUUUUUUAGUAUUAAGUAGUUUACUUACAGAAAUGUCCGAUUUGGCAGCUUAUUGAAGGACUACCAAUUUUAAAGUAGAAGACUUUGAAUCUUUUUUUUAGGUCUAAGUUAUUAGUUUUAGUCGAAUAUAUUUUGAGUUUGUGAUUCAGUACUUAAAAUUUUUAUAGUUAGAUUUAAAGUUAGUUAUUCCUCAAUAUGUUUAAGUGGUAUUGCAUUUCUGUAAGUAACCAAUUUUUUUUUCUUUAUUUAAUCUAAACUUAAUUGUCAGUGCAGCUAGCCAUACAACUUGCCGACAUCUUCAGAAUCGGCUAGUUCCUAUUUUUUUUUUUUUCAUUUAUAACAAAAUUUGCGCAGAUCUAGUCAUGCUAUUGAUCCAUUUCUUUAUGGCAAUAAAUCCGCCUAUAACAGAUCUGACACAUUUUAAAAUGUCAGUUUUCCAUACAUUAUAGUAGUUUUUGGUAUUCUUGAAUGCACCAUUUUCAUUCUAUAUUCCUAUAUUAUACUUCCAAUCACUUCAUGCAAUUUCUUCUCCAAUAUAUAGUGUAAUAUAAUUUUUUUAUAUAUAUUUUCUUCCAUUCCUCAUUUAUUCUACCUGUUUCCCCUUCCAUUUCUAUCAUACUUUUUUAAAUUCGCGAAUGACUUUAUAUUUAUAUUCAAACUCCUGCAAAAACUUAUUUCAGUUGACUUAUCCUUAAAACUGUGGUUCAAAACUUUUCUCACUCAUUCGUUCCAAAGAGUUCAUGAUUUUCUAAUCUACUUAACAAAUUAUAUAUUCUGACAUCGUCAAAUCCCCAUUAGCCAUUGUUUUCUAUUAUUAUAGUUUUACUCUCUUAGUCCUUGCUCGCUUAUUUUACGUUUUUUUCUUUCCAUGUACGUUUUCCUUGGUUUUCCUCUUUUUCGGUUUUCUAGUGGUAUCCAUCCAAUUACUUUGGUAGUCUUGCUUCUGUCAUUCUUUGAACCAACUGUUUUACCUUGUUUAUUCUUGAUUUUGUUUCAGCUUCAUCUGUCCCUUCUUUAUCAAAAUUUACGUCUAAAUAUCUUUAGCUAUCAUAUUUUUUAAAUUGUUUUGUUAUUUUCCAGAACAAGAUCCGUGGUAUCCUCACCAAAGCAGAGAUGUUGUGUUUUUAUAAUAUUGAUUUGAAGACCCAAUUUUUCAUAUUUAUUUCUCAUCGUGCAUUCAAGAUCCUCUUUUUCCUUCGCGAGGCUAAUUGUGGAGUGUUAAAGCAAGUAUCAUUGUCAAUCUCUAUGACCAUUCCUCUGCAUUUUCUUUUACUUGAGAGUAUAUUUGCCACAUAUAUUUUAAAAAGUGUAAGAAAGAUGCAGCAUCCUUGUAGACUUUUAUCAUUUCUAAAUGGUUCUGAUAUUUUAUUACCUAUUUUUAAAUAAGACCUCAUAUAUAUUCUGAAUGGCUUUUACAAGGGUGUGGCGAAAAAGUAUAAAUGUGGAGAAAGAAUUAGCGAAAAGAAUUAAGCUGUAAGUUAACAUACUGGUACAUCAUAAAGGUUAACCUGCAGUUCCUUAGCCAGUCAAUAUACACGAUAAUACAUCGCCACAUACUGCACAGCUGACAAUUGAAUUUUUACGUGAAAAUGAUGGAACAGUCAUUUAACAUCUGCCAUCUGUGAUGGAACCUUUAGUUAGAAAAGACCAUUGAUAUUGUUGGGGUUCCUUGGAGUACUUCCUCCAAUUUCAAUCGAUAUGUGAACUUAUUUUUCUCUCUGUCUUGUUUUAGAUAGAACACAUUAUCUGUGCAAGACUUCCUGCACGAAAACCACAUUGUUCCUCCUCUUUUUGGUAUUUGUAUUCCAUUUCUAUAAAAUUUUUGAUUAUUCUUCGAUAGACUCUUCCAACCAACCAUUCAGAAUAUCAUAUCUUUUUACUUACCAUAUCUUUUAUAAUCAUAAUAAAAAUAGAUGGAUUGAUAACGAAACAUUUUAAAAUGUGAUCUGGUAUUUCAAAUCAUCAUACUAUUUAUUUUCUCAAGUAGACAGACCUGCCUACAUUCCGUAAUAGCUGUGCAUUGAGUAUCUUUAUAAAAAUUAUUGUAAUUAAAUGUACGUGUGAUUCAAGGACCAAUGCGUCUACUUUGGCUGAAUUAAGCCAUGGUUUUAAACGAAAUUAAGAGCUAUUUGACACUCCAAUUGUCAUAUUUGAAAUAAAACCGCUAAAUAACUUCAACUUUUUGUCCAGUAAGUAAAAAUGUUCAUUUAUGUUCGCUGAAGUUCUCACAGCACUUUAUAAUAUUUCAACUUUAAUGAGUAUAUUUUUUAGUUUCAAUUUGUUCAAAAAUUCAAAUUUAUCUUUAUCUUUAUGCCCACAUUUCCUCAGCUUAUUUUAACAAAUAGUUUUUAGAAUAAAAGACAUCUUAAUUUGAGUAAUACAAUUGGACUGAUUCACUCUUAGUUUCGCGUCGCUCAUUUUAAAGAGAAUGAGUUCAUACUGAUGUUUUUAUACAGUAAAUUUAGAUUUUAGUCAAAAGACCCGAUUGGGACGCAUUCUCUAGUAUUACAUUGUGAUAGUUGUUAAGCAGCUAGAAAUGCGUCGAUUAUGCCAAGUUGCCGAUCGUAUCAAAUAUAGCUUCACAGUUAAAUACUCUUCUUUUUAUACAAUUCUAUUAUCGAAAUUAUGAGUUUACUCGUUUAUCAUUUUAUUGGAAUUGUGAGUUGAUUGUUCAACAUUUUUUUAAGCUACAUAUCGUUUUUUCAAUUAUGUAUAAUUAAGAAAUACUACCAGUAUUAUGAUCUACAGAGAGUUUCAGGAGUUAACUAUAGCAGUUUUUAUACAAAAAAUAAAAUCUAAUACCUGCCAAAUUAAUGCUAAAGAUAUUAAUCAAUUUCUACACUUCCUAUAACACAUAUUUUUUUAGUUGGAAUUUUUGGAAUUGUUGGUGUUAUUCAUAAUGAAUACAUUGUAUUACAUAUUAAACAUCUUGAUAAAUAUUUUUCACUAGUUAUUUUCAAUUAGAUUUGAUUUUAUUUAAUUUUAGGAUCAAUUUUAAUCCACUGAAUUGGUCAACCUGUUUUUUUCAUAUAAACCACAAAAAUUUCUAAAGUAUCCUAUAUUGAGCCAAAAUAAUACACUGGACCUCACAGAUAAGAGUACUUUCAAUUGGAUUUUUCCAGAAAGGCAACUUUGUGGGUUUGGGCUCGUUUUAAACAUUUUUUGCAUCAGGUAGUACAUAUACAAUCUAUUACCUGCCCCGUAUCCCAUCAUCUUAGAAUGUUUAUGAGCUGAAAUUAUUCAAAUCAGAUAUUGGUGGGUUAUGACCGGUUUUUUAAUACAUUUAAAAGCAGCAUUUAGAGUUCCCAUUAAAUUAAGUCGCGCGUUUAAUAAUAGGGACAACCUCAAAUGCAAACCUAUGUUUGAGUUCUAAGCUGACCCAGGUGUCUACUUGAGUUUAAAAAAAUAAAAGGUUUACGGCAUAAAGGAUAGAUAUCGAGCUAUAUUAAGUACGACUUCAAACUCAUCUAAAAAAUAUCGACAUAGAAAAAACUAUAUAACAACUUGUAUUUUUUUGAACGAUUUUUAAUUACUAACCCGAUAUUUACAUCAUUAUUGAAUCAAAUUCGUAUGAAUUAAAUAGUCAAUUUCUCGUUAACAGUAUGUGCAACCGAUUACUCCUUAAUUUUCAUACAAUCACCAGGCGGCGAAGACGCAGAAAUUUUUAGGAGCCGAAAAGGCUUUUUAACAUUGAAUGCACAAACUGUAUCCAAUGCUCCGGAUUCGUAACAUUGUAACUCGUUGGCCAGGUUCCGUUCACGACCAGACAAUUUUCAAUAAGAGUACUUUGAGAAGACAGUUUGAGGAAGGAUACUUUGGAAAGAUAUCUUUUAUAGGGGACAACGAAUAUCGCAUUCAGAGAUACCUCAUGAUAAAUUUAUAAGAACAAGGAACGUCAUAGAAAUAAAAAUUAUGCAUCAAUCGUUUAAAACCUUUAAUAUCCACAAUUAAAAAUGAUUAAAAUAAUUAUAAUGAAAAAUUGAUUUGAAGAAUCAAAUUGACAAACACAACAGCACGCCAUUAUAUAUCAAGCCAAAAGAAAUGUUAUGGACAAAAUAAAACACUAAUACUCACUUCUACGUUUUAUUUUGGAAAAGGGCAGAGUAUUGUCUUAAAGGUGUCUUUACUUGAGAGACCAGUACAAAUCGAUUAUUGGACAACUUCACUUUAACAACUAAGUUAAAGGGUCCUUUAAUCUAAAGGAACCUUUAAUUAGGUGAGGAUUAUUAAAUCGGCCAUAUCGCUGAUGAUUAUUUUUGUAUCCACUAAAUAUUUCUUCAAUAAAUAGAUAAUGGACAAUUUGAAUUCAUAACAAAUCUUUGUCUAUUUUAUUUUUAAUACCAGACAUUUUUCGACACAAAAAUUAUUUCUCUGCUUAUUAUCCUUUUAUUCUUAUUUAUGGGUUUGAUUGCAAUAUAAAUGUUUUACCCAAUAACCUUUUAAGUAACUUUAAUAUCAAUAUCUUUUUUACCCCAAUGCAUUAUAUUUUCUCUUAUUCCUCAAUUUAAAUCGGUUUGUGGUUAUUUACAAUGUCUCUGCAUGAUUUCAUUACACAUAUAUUUUAAAAAUAUUCUUAUCACAUAUUGUUUUCGACACUGAUUAAAUUUCACAACUUUGCUUAUCCUGAUUCCAUGAUUUUCAAUUUGAUUUGUACACUUUUGUUCCAUUCAGCAUAUUUUUUAUUACUAUUUACCGGUGACAAUUCUCUGGAACUAGUGUUAAUAGACAAUACUCAUUUUACCGAAAUUCUAAAUAUAAUUAUUUCGGCCCAUGAAUACCGAAAACUAUUCCUCGUCAAUUAUUUUAUGCGAUCCCCUUUAAACUGCUCCACUGAUGAUAUAAAUGCAUGUUGCCAUGGGGCAACCCCGUGCCAUAUUAUUUAGAGAAUUGCAAAGAAUUGUUAUAUUUCAACCGGCUAAAUUUGUUUUAUACGCUUUAUUGAAAUAGUUAUAAAAAAGACCGUGUGACUUUUCGCGAUAAGGUUAAUAUUUUUAGAGAUAUGAAUUUUGAAAGUUCGUAUAAACAGAUUUGGGCUCUUUUCACACUUGAAAAAUAUAUUGGAAAAAAAAUAAAAUAUAAAUAAUAUUUUUUUCUCAUUAUUUAUAUAAUAGUUAAUAAUAUUCUUACUAGAGAUUUGAGAAGAUUUCAUUGGUUAUACCUGUUUUUUAAUUGUUAAUUCGCGUACUAACAAUAUACGUCUCUUACCUUUAAGUAUCACACUCUCUUACUCAUGCGCUGCAUCGUCCUCCGUGUCCUGAAUCAUUAUUUAUCAUUUAUCUUAAAAACCAGUAAUUUUAUCAAAAUUGUUUAGAAGAGCAAUAUUAUCAAUAAUUAAAUUGUCUACAAUUUGUUUCUAAUAUUUUUUUUAGGAAUCAAUUUUAUAAAAGUUAUUCAAACAUGAAGGAAUAUGUGAUUAAAAUUACUUUUUUUAUCAGUUUAUAUUUUUUUUGUUACUAUCAUAGUAAUUUAUACAUUUCUAUUAACAAUAGAAAGGUACAAUGGUAUUUGAAUAUUUUUUGGAAUCACAAUAAUAUAUAAAUAAUUAAAAAAUAUUGGUGCAUAAUUAUGAGUACGCAAAAUUGACGAUUAAAAAAAAACAGGUAUAAUAAUCAAUGAAAUUUUCUCAUUUCUAUUGAGAAUAUUAUUAACUAUUGUAUAGAGGAUCAGAAAAAAGUAAUAUUUAUAUUUUAUUUUUUUUAAUAUAUUUUUGAUGGGUCAAAACUUACCCAAAUUUGAGAUUUUUCGAACUUCAAAACUCAUAUCUCUAAAAAUAUUAACCUUAUCGUGAAAAUUCAUAGGACUGUUUUAUUUGUAUUUCAAUAAAGCAUAUGAAAAAAUUAGUCCUGUUGAAAAAUAACACUUUGCAAUUGUUUGAAAAAUUUCGAUUUAAGCAACAAAGCAAGGGGUUGUCCCAUGGCAACAUGCAUUGAUACCAUCAGUAGGGCAAUUUUAAGAGGUUUGCAUAAAAAAUUGAUAUGGAAUAGUUUUCAAUACUCAUGCGUCGAUUCCUCCUGCAGUAAUCCAUUAUAUAAUUUUUCAACAUAAUUUUUGUUUCCAAAUAAUUAGAGUUGUAGCAAAAUUUGAAAGAUUGUAAAUAUUAACAAACUUAAUUUGAAAGCUAUAAUUUGUAGAUUGUUUAUAAUGUCCAAAAGUGACACCUGUCAUUCUGGAAAUUCCAAUACAAAAAUUAUGUUUAAAUGUGCUCAGAAUCUUUAAUAAUAUACUGUUGAUAUUAAACAAUAAACCCUGAAAUUUUUGCUUUUGGCCAUUUAGUUUUCUAAUUUUACACUGUUAAAAAAAUUGGGCUGUGUGAUUUUCUUUAUAUGCUGCAAUGUGCCUAGAUCGAAACAAAAAAAAAUAUUUCAUAUAUCACCUUGGAAUUUUCAAUAAAAAAAUAUGCCUAAAUGUGUUAUCAAUUGCCGCAAAUAUUAAAAUUUAACCGUCUAAGUUGAUUAAAUAACUUAUCAUAAUAAAAACACAAGAAUUGUUAUUUGUUUGUGCUACUUUGAAAAACAGCUAUUUUUAGAAACCAAUUUCGAAUGUUGCUGUGGGCUGGGGAUUCAAAAUAAAACUGUUCAAGCCUUUUUUUAAAACGCCAAAGUUUCGAACUUUUAUUUGAUCUUUAUCAAGGCUAAAAACGUUGGCAAGGCCACAACCCGGAACACCAUUCGAAAUUACAUACUAGGAAGGACAAUGAUAUCAAGAAUGAUAUAAACCAAUAUUAAUCAAUACUUGUGAAAAUAUCGCAGCACUAUAUUCAUUUUUUUUAUAUAUUUAUAUUUAAUGAAAAAUAAUAAGGCUCAAGUUAGUUGAUUUAAAAGACCUUCUCUAAAAAUUGAAUUUUUAAAAUGAUUUUCAAUAUUUACACUAGGGUGACUCAAAACUGUUUUAUUUUACAACUGAUACGGAAAAAUGGACUGCUAGAAACCUAAAAAAUAUGAGGUUUUAAUUUUAAUAGGAAAAUCCUCGGCAUCGCAGUUGUUUUAUUUUUUUCUCAGUCCAAUGGUAAAAAAUUCAUAUCUCAUCAUUAAUUGAUUGUACAGAAAAGAGUUUUUGAAAAAUUUUGGAGAAAAUUCGAUGCUCUUCAAAAAAAGGUAUAUUGUAUUUUUUCUGUAAACCUAUGUAAACAUUUGAAUGAUAUUGAAGAUUUAAGUUUGAUUAUUUCAAGUCAAAUGUCAUUUUUGUUUAUGAAUUUUAUAACUAUUCAAUAAAUGGCUAUUAUAAAAUGCUCAAUACAAAUUUUUGUACAAAAUUAACUGUUUCAUUAAAAUAUCUUAUAUUUUGACGAUUAAAUUAAGCGUAUAAGUUGGAAUUUUUGGAACCGUUGGCGAUUUUAAUACUGAAUAUACUGUUUACACCACCACUACACCAGCACUCACGAUCACAAUCUCUGACGCGCGUUUCGUUAACUAAAUUAUAGUCUUCAGAGACUGAGAACAUUUUACCUUCAGCUUCUAAAGAUAACUUGGUUAUUGAAACGCGCGUCAGACAGUGUAAUCGUGAGUGUUGGUGUAAACAGUGUAUUCAGUAUUAAAUUCAAUUGAGCAGUCAAAAGAUAUUCAUCAUCAAACUUUCACGUGUUAAGAGUUUUUAUUAUGUAAUCAAUCAAUUUAUUAAUUUCAUACAAAAUCUAUUUUUUGCCAUUAAUAACUCAGUUGUGAAUUGAAAUAAAAUUACUUUUUUAUAACCAAUUCGAAAUUUUGUUUGCUAAAACUGAAACAUGUAUUUAUAAUGAAAACUACUUUUUUAUUAAAAAAAUAACUAAACGGUGAAUAGUGUACAAUUCAUUUUUUUAAUGUUAGAAGUUUCUCAGUUGAUAAAAACUAAAAUUUGUGUAAAUUUUCUCACAAUUUAUAAUUUGAAUUGGAAUUUUUCGAUUAUUUCAUAAAAAAUCUCGUAAAAUCUGUACACAUGAAAGUUAGAUGAUGAAUAUCUUUUGAACACUUAGUUUAAUCGCCAAAACAUAAGAUACCAUUUUAUGAGGCACUUAAUUUACUACAAUAAUUUGUAUUGUGUAUUUUAUGAUAGCCAUUAAUUGAGGAGUUUUAAAAUUCAUAAACAAAAAUGACAUUUGACUUGAAAUAAUUAAACUUAAAUCUUCAAUAUCAUUCAAAUGUUUACAUAGGUUUACAGAAAAAAUAUAAUAUACCUUUUUUUGAAGAGCAUCGAAUUUUCUCCAAAAUUUUUCAAAAACUUUUUUCUGUACAAUCAAUGAUGAUGUAUGAAUUUUCUACCAUUGGACUGAGAAAAAAAUAAAAAACUGCGAUGCCGAGGAUCUUCCUAUUAAAAUUAAGAGCUCAUAUUUGGUGAAAAUUUUUUUAAGGUGUCUAGCAACCCAUUUUUCCGUCAGUUGUAAAAAAAAUAGUAGAUUUUUUUGACUCACCCUAAUUUACAGCACAUGCUAACAUAUUUUUAAGAUUUGUUUUUAGUAAUUAAAAAAACUAAUUCGGUAUUUGGCAGCUUUUUAAGUAAAAUAUUUUUAAACGUGAUUUGUUUGUAAAUGUAAUUCAGUGCCAAAUUUUUGAUGAAUAUAUAUUUCGAUUUGCAACUUCGCACUGGUUUUAAAGAACACAAAGAAAUUAUUUUCAACCUCAAUAACGAUCCGAUUAUUUGGUAUGCAUCACUGUAAAUAAAACCAAAGAUCGACGAAGAUUAAUAUUGUGUAAGAUUCUUCUUUAUCUUCUUUAAAUCCACAAGGGCAUUUAGAAUAGGAGACUCUGUAAAUUAUUAUCAAGUUGACAAGCAAUAAGCAUUGUGAGACAGAAUGAACAACCCUCUAUUUUUGUAUCCAAUUAUAAUUGUUAAGACAAAUAAAAGUGGUUUAGUUUCACUUAUACAAGUGAAUUCUUACUCAAGAGAAAAAAAACUGUAAAUAGUAUGGUAUUUUACUCAAGAGGGUCUGAAUGAUUGUGACAAAUGAAACUUGGUUAGAACAAAAAAAUAAUAAUUUAGAUAUUAAGUCGAAUCAGAAGAGUUGAGGCAGCAGUUUUAUGGAAUAAAUUUUCAUAUUAUUAGUUGAAGAUAACAAUUGAAUGUAUUUAAACCUUAUUAAACCAGUGAACAAGCAAAACCUCAUCAAGAAAAAAACAGCAUCUAUGACAAUUAAUUGUCAAGAAAUUAUUAUUAUUUUGAAUCCUCGAUGACGAAUAGAGUAAAAAUAUAUAAAACCUUGUACUUUCUUUCCAUCAAUUAUGCUUUGAGAUGAAGGCAGUCUUUUGGUGUAUAGGUUUUUUUGUUACAUUAAACAACUAUAGCGAAACCAUUAAUUCAGUUUUAUUAUUCUUUCUCAUUAUUCUUUUAAAUACUAACUGAUGCACUAACGUGGGUGCCUUUUCACUGUUAAUUGUUAUUUUUUUAAAUAAUCACAAUUAUAUGAGGUGUGUUUCGGAAAAUAACGAGAAUUACUGCUUAAAAAAAUAUUCAUCCACACUAAUAUUGUCCCUUCAAAAUAGUCCUCGUUAGAUAUUACACACUUGUGCCAACUGUACUUCCAAUCCCUCUUCAGCAAUGCGCUUUUAAUGCAAAACGAUAAGGUUUCCUUCAAUAUUGGAAAAAGAAAAAGUCACAUUAAACAAUGUCUGGCGAAUAUUAAUGCCUGGGAAUUAUUACAAUUUUCUCCAAAUAAAUCGUGGCUGGAUACAUACUUGUGGUGUGAAAACCAUGAAUUGGUUUUCUUCGAUUCCGGCCUUUUUUUUCGAAUUGCUUGACACAAACAGCGUUGAGAUUGUAAGUAGUGCUAUUCAUUAACCAUUUCUUUCACAGCAUUGUAAUCUUAUAGUACUCAUUAACUUUUCUGUUACUUUAGCAAACGCAUCAUAUUUUACAUACUAUAUUAAGCAUUAUUUCUUUCCAUAUGUAAAAUUUAAUACGAAUUUUUUGAACCAUUAUUUAUCAUAAACAAAAGCUUCGAAAACUACGUCUAACCCUAGCAGCUACCAGAGACAACAGUUGGGAAACAAAUUGACAAUGAGAUUGUCUAAACCUACCAAAUUUAACAAUUCCCGUUAUCUUCUGAAUACACCUCUUAUUUGAUAUAUUGAUUUGUAUCUAGUUUCCUGAUGAAUAAAGUUUUGACUUUGUCAUUUAAUAUUUUAGAUGUUAAAUCAGCCGAGGUACACAAUGCAGAAGAAGAUUAUUUUCAUUUAAUAAGAUUAUUUAAUAUCUACUACAAAUUCGCGAUAUAUCUACCUAUUUUCCAUAAAACAAGUUGGCUCCUCAAAACGUUAAAAAUAAAAAUAUUAGAAAUUUUCGAUGGCCGGAAUACCGUUUCUUUCAAUUCAAGUAGUAAAUUCCGGUACUCUGUCAAAAAUUUUUAAUAGGUUUUGUAUUUGUUACACAGACAUUAACAUUUAGCUAGUUGUCGUACGUAUUUUAAAGUUACUGUAGUAUUAUAAGUAAUGUAUAAUUUUUUUUCAUAGAGUUUAGGUAUUAGUGUAUGUAGUAUGUAUAUCUGUGUAGUGUAGUAUGCGGCGUAUUGUCGCAGAUGCACUGUAGUACAGUCGUUCUGAAUAAAGUAGUUUAAUGAAA